UCCAAAUACUUACAGACUGCACUGUAGAAUUAUUAACCACAAGAUGGUAGUAGUGGGAAGAGCAGAGCCACAACCUUAUAAUUCGAAUUGAUAGAUUGAUAAACAGAUUGUAUCCAGUGAUUAUUAGCUUUUACUUUCUAAAGGGACUCUUUGUCUGGAACUGUCAUGUUACUUGUGAUUUUAGAAAUAGGCUACUGUUACAUUUAUGACAUUGGGUGUUUUUGUGUGUGAGCAUCAAUUUGUUUAUAUAGCUAAGUACACUGUAACGUGGCAGCGUUCAGUGAUGAAGGACGUAUGCCUGAACAGCCUCCAGGACGCUACAUUGCCCCCACCUGAGGGGCCCUAGAGUUCAGUACUCAAUCCUGCACAAUUGCCAUCGCAAGCACCACUGCCGUCUUGUGCCUAUGGGGGAGCUGGGCAUUCAGAGGGAGCCCCUGAAGUGGUGCUGGACUUCCAGGAGCGUGCGGCGGAUGAUGUGAUAGUUCUGCUGUGGCUUAGAGAGGCUGCGGCUAAAGUAGGCCACCACCCGUUCUCCGCCCUCUCCCUUCUGGGCCAGCACUGUGCCCAUCCCCAUGUUGCUGGGCAGUGUCCACAAUGAAUGUCUGGCUGAGGUUGGGGUAAGCCAGGACAGUGGCCUCUGUGAGCAUGGUAUGGUGCAGGCAUCAUCCCACUCUUACCCUGGACCCUUGUCUGUGAGGUCGUGCAGCGGGUUUGUGAUGGUGCCGAAGCCUUUCAUGAACCGUCUGUAGUAGGGCGCCAGGCCCAGGAAGCUCCGCUACAUCACGAGGGACAGCUCCUCACUGCAGCCCUGCUCAGCUUCAUGGCAGUGAGGACCUCCAGAGUCAAUGCUGAACCUUGGCCACGGGUAUGGCUGGAGCUGCUGUUGGAGGGCUGUGGGCAAAAAAAUCGUUGUUAAUGAGAGAGGUCAGAGGAGAAGCUGACAGGAAGGUCAUAUGACACACAUUGCAACAGUGGUAUGCCGAAGAGCAUCUCUGAACAGACAACACGUCAAACCUUCAAGUGGAUACGCUACAGCAGCGGAAAAUGUAAUAAAUAUCUGCUGAAGUGCUCAACACUUGAGAUAAAGCCUGCUUGCGAGACGGGGACAAGGGCAGCCCCGCCAGUGAUUAACAGGGCUCUGCAGAGAGGACUCUUUCUCUGAUUGAACAAUUAAGGGUGACCAAAGCCAGGAGGGGAGUGCUAGCCCCUCACAUACGGUCAGUCCUCGCAGGAGAGACCAGCUGGGACCACAUGGCACUGUGGACUGCCCUUGCCUUGUCCCUCAUACUGGUUGUGGAUUGCUGGCAUGAUCUGGACAAUACAGAAUAUGACUGCUGGCCAAUUUUACAGCCAAAUGAUUAUAAUAUGAUCGAUUGUGGGGGAUUGGAGAUGGGUUGGAUCCAGCGUCCUCCUGAGAAAGUCAGCAAUGGAGAAGAGUUCAACGUCACUUACUCAGUCACUGCAACAGAUUCCUUCUAUGAGUAUGCUGUCAAAAAUAAGAUUUUCAAGUUCAGCAAUUCAUCAGAGGCCAAGAGGUUCUGUCAUGAGCAGGAGUGUCCAGCGAACUGGAACAAUGCCAAAGAGGACAACUGCUGUGUGUACCACGCCAACAUCCACUCCUGCCCUCUUGCUCUGAUGAAACAAGGGGGGAUAUGUGGGCCUUGGAUUCCGGACGAUGGCAAAAUUGUGACUCACACUGUGUCUAAGGCAGGCAAGAUGACCCAGCAGUUCUGGACGUCAAAGGUGGUCUUGAUCCAUGUCGGAGUCACCUCAGUGAUUGCUCAUAUCAAAGUGGGGCAAAUGCAUGCAGCACUGGAGUCAAAGGUCCUGGUCGUAAGUGCACAAGUGUGUGGGGACGACAUCUGUGAGCCGGAGGAAAGCUGUCUCACCUGCCCAGCAGAUUGUGGGGUCUGUCCGAUGUCAGUUGGCAUUAAGGUCGCCAUUGGACUUCCCGUGGCCCUGUUUUGCAGUGGCUUCAUUUUAACCAUGGUGUGGUUUCAGUACCAGAAGCGGAAGAUGUUUUGGGAUGAGAGCUGGAUCAUAAACUACAAAAGCGUCAUGUUUGGUAAAGUGUGCUACAUGGGCUUCUGUAGCACAACCAGCCUUCAGCUUGUGAAGAGUCACUCAAGUUUGAGCGGAACCACAGAUGUCACUGUGUGUACUGUGGCCAACACAACCUUCAAACAUGGCUUCAUACAGCCAGGCAUUUAUGAUGGAAGACCUGUAGCAGUAAAGCACUUAAGGAAGAAACACUUCACCCUCUCUAAAACCAUAAGGAAGGAGGUGAAAGAAGUGCGGGAGCUUGAUCAUCCUAACUUGUGUAAAUUCAUCGGAGGGUCCAUUGAAAUUCCGUGCAUAACCAUCAUAACUGAGUAUUGUCCCAAGGGCAGCCUAGCUGAUGUUCUUUUGAACAAAGAUGUUCCAAUAAACUGGGGGUUUCGGUUGUCCUUUGCUACUGACAUAGCCCGUGGGAUGGCAUACCUCCAUCAGCAUAAGACGUUUCAUGGAAGACUUCACUCUAGAAAUUGUAUAAUUGAUGAUCGCUGGGUCUGCAAGAUUUCAGACUAUGGACUUGCAGCUUACAGAAAGGAAGACUUUGAGGCUGUCAGUAAUGGUUUCCCCUGUGAAAAUAUCUACCGCAUAUACUGCGCACCAGAGGUUCUCCUGGGCACUAGCUCCAAUACCACUACAGGUGCUGAUAUAUACAGUUACUCUAUUAUCUUGGUGGAGAUUGCAACUCGUUGUGACCUUAUUUCAGGACAGAUGGAGACUGCAAAGCUAGAUGUCAUGUGGCGACCUCCCCUCCCUGAGCUGAAAUCUGGGAAAUCAGACAGUGACUGCCCAAAUCAGGCAGAUUAUUGUGAGCUGAUCAAGAAAUGCUGGUGCCACAACGUCACAAUGAGGCCUACCUUUGAACAAGUGAAGAAAAUGCUGGAUAAAAUGAACCCACAUAAAGUCAGCCCUGUGGACAUGAUGAUGAACUUGAUGGAGAAGUAUAGCAAACAUUUAGAGGCAAUUGUGGCUGAGAGAACUCAAGAUCUUCUCCAAGAAAAACAGAAAACAGACCGCUUGCUUUACAGUAUGCUGCCGAAGCCUGUGGCUGAUGACCUUCGUCAAGGCCGUACAGCAGAGGCUCAGAGCUACUCUAACGCUACAGUGUAUUUCAGUGACAUUGUGGGCUUCACGCAGCUCUCAGGAUCAAGCACCCCUCACCAGGUGGUGGAUUUUCUGAACAAACUCUACACCACAUUUGAUGACAUCAUUGACAAUUAUGAUGUGUACAAGGUGGAGACCAUAGGAGAUGCUUAUAUGGUUGUCUCUGGCGUUCCGAAUGAAAAUGGCAUUAACCAUGCAGGUGAAAUAGCCAGUAUGGCUUUGGACCUGAUUAAUGUUUGCCACACCUUUAAAAUCCCCCACAAGCCCACCACACAAUUGAAGAUCCGAGCCGGUAUCCACUCUGGCCCUGUAGUUGCUGGAGUUGUUGGGACCAAAAUGCCACGGUAUUGUUUAUUUGGCGAUACAGUGAACACAGCAUCCAGAAUGGAAUCAACAAGUGAAGCGUUAAAGAUCCAGUGCAGCGGCACCACUGCAGAUAUGCUCCACACUUUGGGAGGAUACGUUUUAACAUGCCGAGGGUCACUGCUUGUAAAGGGAAAAGGUGAAAUGACGACUUGGUGGCUGGAAGCAAAGAGGGGACCCUGUAAUCUACUGGGCAAAAGAAAUGACCCUCAUGGAGGUCCUGUCCCUGUUAGUAACUAGCCUCUGAGUCUGCUACUGCUAUCAUCAACAGAUCUGAUAGACAUGGAUUUGGCAAACUUCAUUGACAACAACUGAACUGUAGAAUUUAUAUUUCUGUCUGAGGGUAUGGAGGAGAUGAUACUAUAGUAUGGUAAAUGUGAGUAUUGUAAUGUGAGUAAGGCAAUACCAUUCACAAUAACUGUAGUGGCUAAACAUAAAUUUUGAUAUUUGCAAAAUUUUAUUCCAAAGAUUAUUUGAAAUGCAGAAUAUGCUGUCUUUUACUGUCUGACAUUCUUUUAAAAUGUAAUAUAUGAAAUAAGGAAACAGUUCUAUUGGUAUACAAAAGCGUAUUAAUUAAUGCAUUUCUAUGUGUAGAAUUGUGUUCACUUGUUAAUACAGAAGAAGCAUGUUAUUGUUUUAGCUGUUCCUUAGCCAUGUGUGCAAAUCUGUUGAAAAUAAUGGCCUGUAUUUUGACUUGAAGGUACAUGGUGAAUUUUUAAAAUCCAUAUUCCCAUCUGAAAUCUUUGUCUUCAUAUUUGGAGAAUGGUUGGUUCAUCAGUGAGUACAGUGAUGAAUACUCAUUUAUAAUGUUUAUACACACUUUUCUCUGAUGCCUGAGAAUAUAUCUGGUGAUAGAUAGCUAGGAUUGAGGCAACAAAACAUAAUUCACAGUUAUGUUCAAAAGGACUUGACCAUUAUUGUACAUGUCAGUGCCAGUGGAUUGAACGUUGAACAAGGUCAUUGUCAUUUUUAGUUUAUGCAGUCUCGUUCUAUGCGGUCACAUGUACAGUAAAAUACACAGUUGUGUCAUGGUUCACAAUAUUUCCCAAUGAAGAAUUAAAGUAAAUCUUUGCAGCACUAUUUAAUUGCCAGUAACAUCAAUUUCUUAAUAAAAAUACUGUCUGUCAGAUUUUUGCAUCCAGAUACAGUAUGUAUUUUGAUAGAUAAAAAGGUACAGCCAACACAAACAUAUGUUCAUCCAAGAUGGACCCCAGGCCCCAAUUUUUCCAAAUAAAAUGGAUGAUUAUCAUUGCA